AUGGAUGUAACUAUUGAGUAUCUAUACGCAGUUGUUGCCGGAGUUUUAGGCAUACUUCUAAUUACUUAUUCUGCGUUCUUUAGAGGUGAAGAAGCACAAGCACGACCACCUUUAGCUUCUGGUGGAUGGCCUUUGAUCGGCCACCUUCAUCUCCUAGAAGGUGCAAAUCAGCCUCCAUACAUAACCUUAGGAGACUUAGUCGACAAAUAUGGACCAAUUUUCACCCUUCGAAUAGGCAUACACAAAGCCGUUGUUGUAAGCACUUGGGAGUUAGCCAAGGAGAUUUUCACCACUCACGAUGUCAUAAUCUCGUCUCGUCCUAAAUUUACCGCCGCUAAAAUUCUAGGACACGACUAUGCUAAUUUUGGAUUCUCUCCUUAUGGAAAUUACUGGCAAAUGAUGCGUAAGGUCACGGCUUCUGAGUUGUUAUCCGUUCGGAGAUUCGAGUUGCUUCGAGAUAUUAGAGACUCGGAGGUGAAGAAAUCAUUGGCCGAGCUUUAUAACAGUGAUGGAUUUGAUGAGUUUGGUGAUUUAAAAGUGGAGAUGAAACAGUUGUUGGGAGAUAUGAACUUGAACGUGAUUAUGAGGAUGAUUGCUGGGAAGAGAUAUUCGAGCGAUGGUGGUGAUGAGAGAGAGGUGAGAAAGGUGAGGUGGGUUUUUAGAGAGUUUUUUAGGUUGACAGGUUUGUUUGUGGUUGGAGAUGCGAUUCCGUUUCUUGGAUGGCUUGAUUUGGGAGGACAUGUGAAGGAUAUGAAAAAAGCUGAGCGUGAGAUGGAUAGUGUUGUCUAUGGAUGGUUGGAAGAACAUCGCAGGAAAAAUAAUGAUUCGGGAGAGAUUGCUAAGACUGAGCAGGAUUUUAUUGAUGUCUUGUUGUCUGUUCUUCAAGGUGUUGAUCUCGAUGGUUAUGAUCUUGAUACUGUCAUCAAAGCCACAUGCUUGACGUUAAUUGCCGGGGCAACAGACACAACAACAGUAACCAUAACAUGGGCACUCUCAUUACUGCUAAACAAUCGCCACACCUUGAAGAAAGUUCAAGAUGAAUUAGAUGAAAAAGUUGGGAAAGAAAGGCUAGUGAAUGAAUCUGACAUAAACAACUUAGUUUACCUUCAAGCUGUGGUGAAAGAAACACUGCGAUUAUAUCCUGCUGGACCACUCUCAGGUGCACGUCAAUUCACCGAAAAUUGCACCGUAGGCGGAUACCAUAUUGAAACAGGUACUAGACUGAUUUUGAACCUUUGGAAGAUGCAUAGAGAUCCACGCGUGUGGUCGGAACCAUUAGAGUUUCAACCAGAAAGGUUUUUGAAUACUCAUAAGGAUGUUGAUGUUAAAGGACAACAUUAUGAGCUGCUUCCGUUUGGAGGUGGAAGAAGGUCUUGUCCUGGUAUAACAUUUGGUCUUCAAAUGACACAUUUGGCAUUAGCUGCUUUCUUGCAAGCGUUUGAAAUCACAACCCCGUUGAAUGGUAAUGUUGAUAUGAGUGCAACGUUUGGACUCACAAACAUCAAAACCACGCCACUAGAGGUUAUAGCCAAACCUCGGUUACCAUACGAGCUCUUUGUUAGUUAA